AUGGGAAACAGUGAGUCAAAAGAUAGACGCCUCUUCAUUGAUAUUGUAAAACAGAUGCUCUCUCAUAGAGGGAUUCAUGUGAAAAAGAGUAGCCUUUCUACUUUCUUCUCCUUUGUUCAAGAGCAGUGUCCCUGGUUCCCUGAUGAGGGCACUGUUAAUCUGAGAAUUUCGGAACGAGUUGGCAGAGACAUUGGGAGGCAUUAUGAUAAUGUUGGGCCAGAUAGAGUCCCUGCUGACACAUUUUCUCUAUGGAAUCUUAUUAGAGAUGCCCUAGACACUGAGCAUGAGGGUGAAAAGUUUAGACGAGAGACCAAGAGCCCUGAUUCAGACGGAGAAGAUCCGGUGACAGACAAGAAUAGAGAAAACACAUUUGAAGGGCCCAAAAUAAGUCCUAGUUCUUCUGAUUAUCGCUCAUUAAGACAAAUGUUGGCCUCUAUGGCUGUACAUAGGUAUGAUGAUGAUUCGGAUGAUGAUGUUCUUGAUCCUAGAGAUCAGGCUGAGUUGGAAGAAGAGGCAGCCAGAUAUCAUCGUGAUGAUGGUGGCUGGUCCCCGGUGGGAAAAGUAGCCCCUCAAUAUUUGAUUCCACCCUUGAGACCUGAGAAAAAGCCUAUAAGGGCCAAAUUGCCUAAAAAGACAAUUAUUCGUCCAGCAGAUGAUCCAGAUCCCCCGCCUGUUAGACCCCCUCUAUCAGGGGACAACAAUGGGUCAGACAUUACAGAGACUGACAAAGCUGCCCUACAAGAAUUUGAUGAUGAUCCCCCCAUGUGGGAACCGCUGCCCCUGAAAUUGUUAAAAGAAUUAAAGCAGGCAUGUGCUCAAUAUGGUCCACAAGCUCCUUAUACUCAAGCUCUGUUAGAGAAUAUGGCCUCAAAAUGGAUGACACCUUAUGACUGGAAGACUGUGGCCCGAGCAUGUCUUUCUGGAGGGCAAUACUUGUUAUGGAAAUCAGAAUUUGAAGAUCUCACGGAUAAGCAGGCCAGAGAGAAUAGGAAACGAGGUAUGAAAGGUAUAACUAAAGACAUGCUAGCAGGGACAGGAGAUUAUGAUACGGCCAGAGCACAAAUGGAGCUAGACACUAUGACUCUCCAACAAACCACUAGAGCUGCCUUAGAAGCAUGGAGGGCUAUUCCCCCAGAGAAGGGUGUUCAUACUCCUGCUAUAUCUAACAUCAAACAGAAAGCUGAAGAGCCUUAUGAAGAUUUUGUUUCCCGUCUAGCAGAAGGCAUUAAUCGGGUGAUAGUGGACGAGGAAGCGGCUAGGCUAUUG